UUGUUGGGAUCAGAGGCAACCUUGCUCAGUAACUUGAAGAGUCCCUGAUAAGCCUAUCUAUCCCGCUCAGAAAUUCGCAAUUAAAUACAAACCGACUACGAAAGUUAGACUGAAAGUUCCAAGCAGGAAACAAAAGAACAACAAAUGGAUUCAAUUCGCCUAACAGUCCUCAUCUCCGGCUCUGGAACAAAUCUUCAAGCUGUGAUCGAUGACACCACCCUUCCCGCAAAAAUCGUCCGGGUAAUCUCCAACCGCAAAGACGCUUUUGGCCUGGAACGUGCCCGACGUGCCAACAUCCCCACACAGUAUCACAACCUCGUGAAGUACAAGAAGCAACAUCCCGCGACACCGGAGGGUGUGCAGCGCGCAAGAGAGGAGUACGAUGCAGAGCUUGCACGACUGGUCUUAGAGGAUAAGCCGGACUUGGUCGCCUGUUUGGGGUUCAUGCAUGUGCUUUCGGAGGGUUUCUUGGGGCCUCUUGAGGCCAAGGGUGUUAGAAUUGUGAACUUGCAUCCGGCGUUGCCGGGGGAGUUCAAUGGAGCGAAUGCCAUCGAAAGAGCUCAUCAGGCAUGGCUCGACGGUAAGAUUGAGAGGACGGGAGUCAUGAUCCAUAAUGUCAUCUCGGAAGUGGAUAUGGGAAAACCGAUUCUUGUCAAAGAGAUCCCAUUUGUGAAGGGAGCUGAUGAGGAUCUGCACGCAUUCGAGCAGAAGGUGCACGAGAUUGAGUGGAAGGUUGUCAUUGAGGGGUUACAGAAGACCAUCGAGGAAAUUCGGACGACGAAGUCAUAG